AUGUUCCUUAUUUCGGCAGCCUUCUAUGUGGAUCCAUAUGAAUUGGCUAUGCGUCAACCAGGUCUGAAUUUCACUCUGCACAAACCGAGGUCUCGUGGGAACGAUUCUUCUGUUCUGGGACGUUGGCUUUCUUGGUUUUCAGGUUCUGAGCCCCCAACGGACGACACAGUGCCUGAUUUGAUGGAAGUCCCGAUGAAUCGAAGUGAGGUUGACGUAGAAGCACCAGCAUGGAUGUCCGAUGCUAUGACUUUAUGUGUCCACCCUCCAAAAACAUCCGCAACUCAUGAUCAAAGUUAUCCCGUUGUGUUGGAAGUUCCCAUGCAUAUCAGAUAUAGACUACCGAAGGAUGAUGAUACCUCUAUUGAUCGUACAGCGCUGGCACACCCGACGGUCAAAUGUGACGACGGAUUCGAAUACAACACUUGGAAUAGUGUACCUCCUUUUGAAUUACCUGUUCCCGUGCCACCUACAAGCGACCUGCUAUUUGUGAUGCCCGUGACUAUUUUGCUUUUGACAGUGGGUGUCAUUGUCCUUUUGGUCGCAUAG